UGUGAAUGCUUCCGUAGAACAGCUGUUACACUUUAGCCACUAAAGUGUAGCAAUAACUUUUUAAACUAACCUCUUCUUUAGGAUACACUUUUCCCAUAUCAAUAACGAAGACCGUAUCAUACAUGCCAACAGUGUCCAGUUGCAGCGGGUUCUACAAAAAACACAUGUUCAUUAAGCUAUUACACUGGGUGGUAGACGGUGUGUGUGGGCGGGAGCCCCCUCGGAUGGCAGACUACGGUAAUACGUGGACCCUUGUAGAAUGGAUGGAGCUCCUCGACUCCCUCUCCUCUCUGUUCCGGCUUGCUGUGGGUAAGAAGACCCCAGACGAUGAGGUGCUGGCAUCGUUGGCAGACGUGGGCAGUGGGUAUGGGGAGGCUGUGCUGACUGUCCUGAGGGCCAGACGAGAGGAGAUCCGUCAGGCGCUGGUGGAGAGGACCAAUAACGUGUCCAGCUCUACCCUCCAGGAUUUUGACUGGCAGAUAAAGCUGGCAUUGUCCAGCGAUAAGAUCUCAUUUCUCCAUACCCCUCUACUCAACCUCCGUUUGGAUGUGAAGGAGAAUGGUGCCCUGAAGCCUCUGUCUGUCGAGAUGAACAGAGAGGAAUUACAAACACUCAUCAGCUCAUUGGAGGCUGCCAAUAAGGUGGUACUACAGCUGAAGUGAUGGCGUCGAUGGACAUUUCACUGUGCCCUUUUUAUUUAUGGCUCUUAUUAAGGGGACAUCAUAGAGGGACACUGAGCUAUGAUGCAGGGGAACAACUCUUAGCCUUCAACCCACUAGGCACUGAUUCCUUACGCCUCGAUCACACCUACAGCGUCAUUGCACAAAAUGAAACACAGCAACAUCUGGAUAUGUGUGCAACAAAAGUUCAACAUUCACCUUCUGCUACCAUUUCUGUCAAUCCUUCUACACAUAUAAUUUGAUGCAUACGUUUGAUAAAUCCAACGCAUGCACCACACAGAACGCACUGCGACUGCCUCUGCAACGCACAUGCAGUGUUCCAUUGGAAAUUAAUGUACUUCUGGUGUACCAAAACGCAACGAUGCUGUCUGUGUGAAUGAAUUAAAAAGCAUUGAAUUUGUAUAAGCAUGGGAUAGUGGGUGUUGCACCAUAUUCCUUUUCUUCCAUUUCUUUUAAAUCCAUGAGGGGGAGUGAAUGAGUGCACAUUUUGGGGAGAAGGUUAGAGAAUUGUACUGCAGCCUAAGAUAUAUUCCCAUGACUGCAGCAGUCUUUUUUUGUACUUGUUGUUUUGCUGUUUUUUGUUGUUGUAAUCCAUUCCAUUACUGUAUAAAAAAUGAAUGUUUAACCUUUA